GAAGGGAACUCCCACACCCCGCCCACCCCGUCAGGUUGCCCAGGCAACUGUAUGGGGGUUGCGCUCGGAAGCAGCUGACACACACGAGUCAGACUGACAGCAGGAAGGUUACAAUGUAGCGGCGGCGGCGGCGGCCACUGGACACACACACACACACAGCGAGCGGGUUGUUGGCGGGACACAAGGAGCGUCGCCUUGUAGACGGAUCCCUUGGAAAGAGUCGAUGGCUGCAGUCAGGUUUACGAGAGGCGUGAAGAGGAAACGAGCUGAGGAUGAGGAUGAGGGAGUCCGGCCAUUGUCGCCCCCACUUGCUUUCCGCUGCGAGGCUCUGCUCGAUCUCUCACUGCACAAGCUGCACCAGGGCUGCACGGUUGCGGACCGCAACCUGCGACGUUCCGUGCUCAUCGCCAACACCUUGCGGCGGCUGCAGGCGGGGGAGGGGGGGUCCCUGCCCCCACAGACCCAGCCCCAGCCCGAAGCCCCGGACCCUAACAACGCCGACACCGACGUUGACGCUGACACCGACGCCAACAACAACCUCUGCCUCCUGUUGGGAGACGACGACACUCUCUCCAUCGCCCUCCACGACCUGGACUACCCGGGCGGUCUCGGGGGGAGCCCACCCUUCCCGGAGGAGGACCCCCCCCUCUCUCCCACCCAGCCACUCCGCUCCGUCCUGGCCGAGCUGGACAUGGCCGACUCCGACGCCUUCUUGACCGACUGCUCGCUGGACGACAUCUUCUCGGACAUCGACACCUCCAUGUACGACGGGCAGACGAGUCUCGCCGCAGGUCUCUGGGACCCCCUCAAGCCCCCGGACCCUGCCCCCUUCCCCUGGGACUACCCCUCGACCAGGACCCCCAGCGGGCGGACUGAGUUCGCCGAUCUGGAGAUGGUGAUGGACUUGCUGGCUGGAUGAACAUUGGUCACCCAUAGACCCCAAUACAACAAUGUGUCAGCCUGGCCAUCCAGUGACUUGGGCACAGUGGCCCCUGGCAUCUCUACCCUUUGCCCUGGUACUUUCAAACCCUGGUGGUGAGAAAGUGGCAUUGCGGGCAAGACCUUCCAAUCCACCAUUUGUAGCUAAAUGGUGUUGGGCUGGUUGGGGGGGGUCCCAUUUCUGACCUGUUUCCCAUUUCACACGCGUUUGGUUUGGACUUCACCCUCCCCGUGAGCGGGCAGGGACCCCCACCCUGGGGCGAUGUUUGCUGAGGGGGGGGGGGGCAGAUCACGGAGGGGCUUCACCCCAGAGGCUCUGACUGCAACAUAUAAAAUUGGACAGGCUAGAUGCAGGAAAAAUAUUCCCCAUGUUGGGGGAGUCCAGAACCAGGGGUCACACAGUUUAAGAAUAAGGGGUCGGCCAUUUAGGACUGAGAUGAGGAAAAACGUUUUCACCCAGAGAGUUGUGAAUCUGUGGAUUUCUCUGCCACAGAGAAUGUCUCUGUCACUGGAUGUUUUCAAGAGAGAGAGUUAGAUUUAGCUCUAAGGGCUAACGGAAUCAAGGGAUAUGGGGAGAAGGCAGGAACGGGGUACUGAUUUUGGAUGAUCAGCCAUGAUCAUAUUGAAUGGCGGUGCUGGCUCGAAGGGCCGAAUGGCCGACUCGUGCACCUAUUUUCUAUGUUUCUAGGCUGAAAGGCCAGCAGGGGUUAGUCGGGCCGAACGGCCUGUUGCUGAGCUGUGAAUUGUUUGC